AUGGCAGAGAGCCUGAUGACCAUAGCCUAUGACAACGGAGUGAACCUGUUUGACACAGCAGAGGUUUACGCUUCAGGAAGGGCUGAGACGACUUUGGGUAAAAUCCUAAAGAAGAAGGAAUGGAGGAGGUCUAGUUAUGUGGUGACCACUAAGAUCUACUGGGGAGGACAGGCGGAGACGGAGAGAGGGUUGUCUCGGAAACACAUCAUUGAAGGUCUGAGGGAUUCUUUGUCUCGGCUGCAAUUGGAGUAUGUUGACAUCGUCUUCGCAAACCGCACAGACAUCAACUCACCUAUGGAGGAGGUGGUGAGGGCGAUGACGUUUGUGAUCAACCAUGGCAUGGCCAUGUACUGGGGCACGUCACGAUGGAGCGCAAUGGAGAUCAUGGAGGCAUACUCAGUAGCGCGGCAGUUCAACCUCAUCCCUCCAGUGUGUGAGCAGGCAGAAUACCACUACUACCACAGAGACAAGGUGGAGGUCCAGCUACCUGAACUAUACCACAAGAUAGGUGUAGGAGUGAUGACGUGGUCCCCUCUAGCUGGAGGUCUGAUAUCAGGGAAAUACAACGACGGAGUUCCUGAAGACUCUAGAGCUGCCAUGAAGGGCUAUGUGUGGAUGAAGGAUCGAAUAUUCAGUGAGGAGGGACAGAAACAGCUGGCCAAGAUCAAAGAGCUCCACCCUCUGGCUGAUCGGAUGAACUGCACCCUAUCUCAACUCGCUAUCGCCUGGUGUCUGCGUAGUGAGAGGGUCAGCUGUGUUCUCCUGGGGAUCACCAACACAGACCAGCUGCAAGAGAACCUCGGCUGUAUCAGGGUCCUCUCCCAGCUUUCCCCUCAGACCGUAGCAGAGAUGGACGCUCUCCUGGGAAACAAACCCCGCCCCAAGAAGGAGGCUCUCGCAUAA